AUAUCUAUUAUUUUAUUUAAUUUUGUGGUUUGUGAAGUAUGGAAUAGCGGACUGCGAGAAAGGUAUGAUGGAUAUGGAGUGGAUUGGCUUUUUAUGCCUGAUGGAAAUGAUCAACCACAAGUUGCAGUACUGAAAUAUACAGAAAAUGAUGAACGAGGCAUUUUUGAUGACUCACAAGUUUCUUAUAUUCUUCAUACUCGAUCUAGUCCAGAAAAUGGCUCUCAAUUAUAUAUUAAUAAUACUAAAGGACUUCAAAACUCUGGUUUCGAUCCGUCUCGACAAACUAAAUUUAUAACACAUGGAUGGAAAUCAAGUAUAAUGAGUGCUGGUCUCAUCAAUAUGAAAGAAGCAUAUUUACAAUAUAAUGAUUUUAAUAUCAUUAUGGUUGAUUGGCAACCUUUGGCUGCAAGCACGUUCUAUCUUGGACCAAUGCAUAAUACAGAAAGAGUAGGAAGAAUAACUGCUGAAUUUAUUGAUUUCUUAGUCGCAGAAACAGGACUUAAAACCGAAAAUAUUCAUUUUCUUGGGCAUUCUCUUGGAGCGCAUGUAGCUGGUAAUACCGGAAGUUCAGUAACUUCCGGACGCUUAGGAAGAAUAACUGGUUUAGAUCCUGCUUUACCAGGAUUUCAUUUACUUGCUUCGGAUAAAACUCGAUUAGAUCCUACGGACGCUAUAUUUGUUGAUAUUAUUCAUUCAUGUGGAGGAGUCUUAGGUUAUUUACAACCUUUAGGAAGUGCAGAUUUUUACCCAAAUGGAGGAACUCCUGUUCAACCUGGUUGCUGUUGUAUUCCAGAAAUAAUAGAGGCAUGUAGCCACGGUCGGGCACACGUAUAUUUUACCGAAAGUAUUGGUUCUAAAACUGGAUUUGUGGCGAAUAAAUGCGAUACUUGGGAUCAAUUUAUACAAGGAAGUUGUAAUUAUUCUAAAACUACACUAAUGGGAGAACAUGUUGAUAAGAUGACUACUGGAACUUAUUUUCUCAAAACAAGAUCUGAGUCUCCUUAUACUGAUCAAACGGAAAUAACUGAUAAUACGAUU